GCAAAGGAAGCCUCCCUAUUCAUUGAUAUUGGGAAAUGUGUCCCUAGCUAGUGGUGCCUCCGGCUCGGCUUGUGUAGCAUUAGAAGUGAUAUAGAUACAACUAUAGUAGUAGCAUGGAAUAUGUAAUUGGAGGAAGCUAUAAAUGGUUACAGCCUAUAAAGGUAAAUCGAAACCACGUGCGGAAGGUGAAGCCACUCAUUAGACUUCGGAGAUUCGGAAGAGCGCCCAAAUAAAAAGGAAAAAGGAAGAAAGUAACCACCUAUCGGAAUUCGGAAGUCAACACCGGAAGGGAGGCAAGUGCAAUACAUAGCCUGAUUUGAACUGGAAGAAGGGCGACGGUGAAGUGGCUUCCAAUCUGUUCAAGCAAAACAGAGAGGGGAUGAAGAUACUCGUUACAGGCGCAUCCGGUUACCUCGGGGGAAGGCUCUGCAAUGCUUUGCUCCGCAAAGGGUACUCAAUUAGGGUCCUUGCAAGGCGAACCAGUGAUCUCUCCGCCCUCACUUCGCCUGCCCAUGCCGGAGCUCUUGAAAUCGUCUACGGUGAUAUCACUGACUAUGCUUCUCUCCUCUCUGCCUGCUCCAGCUGCCACAUCAUCUUCCACUUAGCCGCUCUUGUCGAGCCCUGGCUUCCCGAUCCCUCUAAAUUCUUAUCUGUGAACGUUGGUGGGUUGAAAAAUUUGUUGGAGGCAGUGAAGCAGACAAAUACAGUGGAGAAAAUUGUAUACACUUCAUCAUUUUUUGCUCUGGGACCAACUGAUGGAAGCAUUGCUGAUGAGAAUCAAGUCCAUCAUGAAAAGUUUUUCUGCACAGAAUAUGAGAAAUCAAAGGUUGCUACGGAUAAAAUUGCGAGGCAAGCUGUGUCUGAGGGUAUACCAUUAGUGGUGGUUUAUCCCGGGGUUAUCUAUGGACCUGGCAAAGUUACGGCAGGAAACAUUGUUGGUCGACUGCACUUUGAUGCUGCCACACUUCAGAUCAUUGAACGUUUUAAUGGACGAUUACCUGGUUACAUUGGCUACGGAAAUGAUAGAUUUUCUUUUAGCCAUGUUGAUGACGUAGUGGAGGGACACAUUGCUGCAAUGGAAAAAGGUCAACUUGGUAAUAGGUAUCUGCUAACAGGUGAAAAUGCAUCAUUUAGGCACGUUUUUGAUAUAGCCGCUGUCGUCACUAAUACAAGAAGACCGUUAUUUAAUAUCCCUCUGUGGGUGAUUGAAGCAUAUGGUUGGUUGUCAGUUUUAUUCUCUCGAAUAACUGGAAAGCUUCCCCUCAUCAGUCCGCCAACAGUUUACGUUUUAAGGCAUCGAUGGGAAUAUUCCUGCAAUAAAGCUAAACUGGAGCUAGAUUAUAGACCCAGAAAUUUGAAAGAUGGACUAGCAGAGGUGCUACUAUGGUUGAAGAACUCGGGCUUCAUAAGCUACUAAUGGGAAGAGUCAAACUUUCAAUGUCCAGCUGGAAAUUUUACCUCAGUACUUUACAAGUGAACUUGUUUAAUUCCAAGCUUAGACAGAUGGAAAUUUAUUUAUUCACCAUAAUUCAGAGGGCUAAUGAUGAUGGCAAUCUUUGAGACAGGGUCCAAUCUACUUCUGCAAGGCAGACCAUUCAAAGCAGGGCGAAGAAUUUCUUUGGUAGGUGAAUGGAUGAUGAUGAGGAGUGCUAUUCUGCAAUAUAUAUAUUGACCCCCUGAAACAGGACAGUGGUAAAUGGAAAGGUGUCUUGGUUGCUCAUAACUUGUCUGAUUGGGACGCAUUUCUCCAUUCUAUGUGAUUGCUAUUUGAUAAUUGAGUCAUCUAAACCUUAUUAGCUUGUUUUUAUAUAAAGAACUUCCCCUAAUGAAACAUCAGAGAAUGUAAACUGCCCAAUCGGUUUAGUGUUCAAGAACUUGUCUAUACGCUUAAUGUAUAUGUGUUUUCUGGAGUGCAUUUGUCAUUUUACCAUGUAUUAGAUAUAGCAGUGUAACAAAGAUUCUGAUGCCUAAAUUCAAUAAAGUUGGCCGGGCUUCAAUCUAA